AUGUGCUGUCUGGACAAAAAAUGGAAGAAGCUGAACAGCCCAGUGACAUAGAGGAAGGAGGAUUGGAUCUCAGCGUGUCACUCAAACCCGUCAGUUUCUACAUCGCAGACAAAAAAGAAAUGCUUCAGCAAUGUUUCUGUGUUAUAGGGGAGAAGAAAUUACAGAAGAUGCUGCCUGACAUUUUAAAGAGCUGUUCCAUGGACGAAAUCCAAAGGCUUUGCUUGGAGCAGUUGGAACUGUUAUCUGAAAAAAAACUGCUGAGGAUACUUGAAGGCAAGGUUGGAGCUGACUCUGAUACUGAUGAGGAGGCAGAUGGAGGAGUCAGGACUGGAAGUGAAUCCGUCAGUCAACAGGACAACAGUAUAGACUCUACUUCUUCUCUCAAAGAAGACAACAAGGUGGAAGGUCAGGAAUCAAAACAAGGCAAGGGAGAAGACAGUGAUGUGCUCAGCAUCAAUGCAGACGCGUAUGACAGUGACAUAGAGGGCACAGGCAAUGAGGAAGACGGCGCAGAUGUGCAAGAACACCUGGCCAGAGGUGGAGCUGGUCAGAUAGACGACCUUCAGAAGGACAUUGAGAAAAGUGUGAAUGAGAUUCUGGGGCUGGCAGAGUCCAGCCCGGAGGAACCAAAAGCAGCAGCCUUGACCGUUCCUCCGUCAGAGGACGUUCAGCCCUCGGCACAGCAGCUGGAACUUCUGGAGCUGGAGAUGAGGGCCAGAGCUAUUAAGGCUCUGAUGAAAGCCGGUGAUGUCAAAAAACAGCCCUGACAUUGUUUA